UUCUUCUGCUUCUUGCAUCUCGAUUCUCGAGUAAGAAUCCAACUUCUGCCGUGUGUCCUUGAUUAGUUGAUUUUAAUUGUGUUGGGGGAAAAGCAUUUGUAACUUUGGAGGUUUUCAAGAGUCGAAUAGAACAGAGCAACUCUUGUUACGGUGGCAGGUCUCACCAAAGCCAAGUACAAGUAGCAUUUUCCACAGUAAUUGAAAAAAAUCGUUGGAAAAUGACAACUGCUUCGCGACCAACAUUUGCCCCUGCUACUGGAGGACAAGGCAGGGGAGAAACGUCUCUCAGUUCUAUGAGUAAGCAAUAUUCGAGUCGAGAUCUUGCAUCACAUACUAAACUAAAAUACAGGGAUAUUGGUCAGGGAUCAUCAGAGGAAGUUCGCAACAAGGAUCUAAAAAGAGAUCUAGAGGAACGUGAAAAAUCUCAUAAGGAAAAAGGAGAUCGCAAAGACAGAGAUAGGGCUGUUAAAUCAGCUUCGUCAGUAUCUUCCCAGAAGAAAUUACGUGUUGAUCCUAGUAGCUUGGAUGCAGAUGAUCCCAUUGAAGACGAAAGUGAUGACAGUGUUGAUGAAGAAGAUGAAGAUGACACUGCUGAAUUAAUGGCAGAACUUCAGAGAAUAAAGGCUGAACGAGCAUCUGAAUUGGCCAAAAAGGAAAUGGAACAGAGACAAGAAGAGGAACGUAUCAGAAUGGAAAAUAUUUUAAGCGGAAAUCCAUUGUUAAAUUACGCUGGGAAACCUCAGAAAUCUGACUUGCGUGUCAAACGACGAUGGGAUGACGAUGUUGUCUUCAAAAAUUGUUCCCGUGCUGAGCCGGAAAGGAAAGAAAUCACUUUUAUUAAUGAUUCACUUCGGUCUGAAUUUCAUAAGAAAUUCAUGGACAAGUAUAUUAAAUAAUUUUUUAUGUUCCAUGCAUUUGAUUAAAUACAUUUCCUGUCUUAAUUA